GUAUACCUCAACCGUGGAUACGUCUGUCGGUGUUCUUGAGUCACAGUCCAACCACGAACGAAAGGGAAAGCACCACGAGAGCCGCUCAAAGUUUAAGAUAGAGUAGUAUGAGCGCACUGUCAACGUGGAACAAUUAAACUGAUUUUUUUGGCAAUUGCGGUUUUUUCAACACUUCUAUUUGGAAUUUCACCUGUUCUGACUUGGACAUGGAACCAGAAAAAGAAAGAAAGUCGAUGCACUGCGAUCCCCAACGACACAGUGGAUAAUCCCAUGGCCACAACGAAAAGCCAAAAUUAGAUAAUUCAAUUUUUUCUGUCAAUUAUGCUCUACCCAAUUCUCGGCUUAUCGCCAAUUUGGUGGCUCAUUCUUUACGCAAGUCUUCUUCUCGUAUUAUCCCCAUUCGUUCUCGUUAUUGCCAUUUUUCUCCCCAAUUUUCCUCUUUUACUUUUAAGACGUAUGUGUUACAUACCGAUAGAAUCUAUUUAAUUGAAUAAUCUAUUUUUGAUGAAAGUCUCAGAUCACUGUGUAAGAAAUACCGCGUGUCCGUGUGGGUCAGGGUCACCAUUAUAUCAAAACUGGUGAACGAUAUUGGAUAAUAUUACCGCAGGGAUAUUAUUACUUCCGGUUUUUCACGCGUCUGAGGAAGCUGCAUUUGAACUGAAAGAAAUCCAAUCGAUAAUUAUUGGAAAAUAGCAAAUAACAAAUAUACAAAUCCAUGUACACUUCUUUGUCCUCAUAAUUGCAAUAAAUGUUAUGUAUUUUCUUCAUAAAAAUUACUUGAGAGAUGCCCUACUACCACUGUAUUGAAUAAUCAAAAAUUCAAUGUUGCAAAGAGUUGUAGUUAGAGAUGAGAGACGUCGUUACUCUAGUAAAUAUGUGCGUUGCUGAUAAUAACAGAAUGUUACUGCGUUGAAUACAUUGAACAGACAAAGGUACAUAUCGAACAGUUUGUCUGGACUUGUACUUUCGCCAAGUGGGGCCUCAAAGUGGGAGUUGGUACUGAGUGAGGCCCCCGUAUCUUCAUGGUCACGUAUAUAUACACCAGAUCGGUUGGUGAUUUCUGUUUAUUCAUCGUCCUGUGCUCCAACUGAUUCAUCAAUUUGAGACAACUGCUAAGAAAAAAAUUAAUAGACAGGAUGAUUCGUGGACUGGUAUGGAUUUUGCUGAGUUGUCAAGCAACCUUGAUAGUGCUGGGAGCUCCGCUCCUGAAGGUCCCCAAGGUAUACAAUGCCUUGAUAACAACUGAUCAGAAUUUAGCACCUUCAAGAGCUAUUCCAGUUAUCCAACCAGUGAUACACCGAACAGCGAUUGGCUACUCUCCACCAUUUUAUUAUCAGCCUGGAGCACCUGGAUACGGAGCUGGAUAUGUUCCCAGUUAUGAGCCCAACUAUGAACCAGGUAUUUAUAAUGCUGGAGGUCCAGAUCAAUCGGAAUCAUCUCCUCCGGAAGGUACUGACAACCCUGAUGUUGAGACUGUUGACAUCGAUCAGGGCAGGAGGGAAAAGGAAGGAAAGCAGGAACCCGAGUAUGAUGACAGGUGCAAGGAAGUUGGCAGGAAGAGCAAGGGCCAGGUCCCAUUGAACUUCUACCCAAAUUUCCGAUCUGUAUAUUAUGAUCCUUAUGUGUAUGGAUUUAAUGCCUAUCCGGCAUUCCCUACUCCCGGGAAUUAUUACUUGAAUUAUCAACCCCAAGGGUUUCCCUCGCCUGGACCGCAGGGAAUGCCACCACCACCGGGCUAUCAGCCUGGUUAUCAACCGGGCUAUCCUGGACCAGACAGGCCACAAAAUCCAGAAUCUAAGGAUGACAAGAAAGAGGAGACCAGAGUGGAAAGCGAAUCUGAAAGAGUUCCAGAUGUCCCACCGCCUCCUGUUCCCGCGAGGAGAGUAGUUAGCAAAAAUAAUUGAUUAACACUCUUUGAUUAUCAUUUUUUUUCAGUUAAAUCGGAAGGGAAGUGAUAACAUUGCUUGUGAUACUGUGUAACUUUGAUCUAACUGUGAAGAUAGUAAAUAUAACAGAAAAAUAUGGUGAAUUCAUUAGAAAAUUACUAGUGAAAUGCUCUACACAAAAUAUUCAAAGGGGAGAAAAAAGAUUCUAAUCAAUUCGCCAAGUUUUUCUAUUAUUUUUUUUGUCUGUGUGAAUUACCAAUGCCAAAUGUUCACAGACAUUUUUUUCUGAAUUCAACUGUUGCAAAGGAUCGAAGGAGAAUUAUCAGAGGGUUUUAUCACUUCACUACCGAGGUACGAUUUAUUUCUUAGAAUCAGUCCCACCGUUAUAUCACUAAAUAUUAAUUCAUGAAUCGACCACUUGGUAGUUGAUAAUCGUUUUACACAAAAUAAAGUAAAAGUUGUUGUCAUGGUAGAAGAAUGGAAAAA